AUGGCUGCACAGUCUUCUUGGCCUGAUCUUCCGCAAGAUAUCCUGGAGUCAAUCUUCGGUUUUGCAAAAGAUCCUAUUGACAUUGUUCGAUGUGGUGCUGUUUGUAAAUCAUGGCUACCAACUGCUUUACAGGUAUUUCGAAAAUUCUUUCCUCUAUGCUUGAUUCAAUAUGGGAAAGGUAUGGCUGAAACUCGGGUUGUGUUUAACAUUCUAACAAAAGAAACUCGAAAGAUUUAUCUACCUGAAGCUACGCAAAAUUGGAUUAUCGGCUCUUGCAAUAGUUGGCUAUUCAUGGUGGAUUUUAUCCGUUUCCCGGAUAGGCUGAAACUUUUAAAUAUAUUCUCAAAAUCUCAAAUUGAUCUUCCAAUACCAAUUUCGUCAUCGGCAAAAUUAUCCCCCGUUGAUUACUUCAGAGAUAAACUUUAUGCUAGCAUCAGUGAAAGCAACCAUAGAAAAUCUUUGGUUACAUGUAAUUAUCAGCUGGAAAUCGAAGCAAUGGUUUCAAUCCCUGAGAUAUUUCAGAGUUAUUAUACUCACCCUUUCUUCAUAAAGUCACAUAAUGAUGAUCUUUGGCUCGUUGGAUGUAGUAUUAAUGGCAGUUUAUAUCCUGAUGGGGCAUUUUUCAAAAUUUUCGAGUUUGACGUUUGUAUUAAGGAAUUCAGGGAAGUGAAUGAUUUGGGUGGCUGUUCACUCUUUUUAUGCUUCAACGACAACCACGUCCUUGCAAAAGCUAGAAAUUCCGAAACGUGGUUUAAGGCUAACUGCAUCUACCAUUUUCGGUUUUGGGAAAGGAAGUACUGUGUAUUUGACUUAGAAACCAGAAUUCUCGAGAUUUUGCCUUGUCAAAUCUUUACCAAGAGUGAGUAUAAGAGAACCCUUUGGUUCAAUCUGGAUGUCUAA